GACGCGAAUUGAAAUCAAUUUGACUGACUUGACUGGCUUUGCUUUUUCGUUGCUCUUCCUGCAGUUGCCAAGCACAACAGAACGGAUAGCUGCUGGGUGGUUCUCUACGGGAAGGUGUACGAUGUGAGUGCUCCCCAUCGCUAGUUACAUCUAGACCGUUUAUCUUUCCUUUUUCGCUUCAUCGUCCCUUGUUUGCCCUGCGUGAUUCCGGGGCGAUCAAAGCGCUGGUUGAGAAGCGAAUUUACGAAUGAGCAUUGCUCGAUUAUCAGAGGCACUACGGAGCAAUUGUGCCGGAAUUGACUGUCUGAUGAAACAGCUGGUUGGAGCUGAAGCCAAAUAUUCCAGUUCUAAUGACGUUAAAAUGCCUUGUCUUGCUCAUAUUCGCUUAUCUAGGUUACGAAUUUCCUCCCCAAUCAUCCGGGAGGCGCGAAUAUCAUCCUGCAACUGGCUGGGAGGGAUGCAACCGAAGAAUACGAUCCAAUUCAUCCUACCGGUACUCUGGAGGAUAGUCUCCCUCCAGAGGCCCUGGUAGGCAGAGUAGAUGAGAAGUCUCUGGCAAAACUUGCCCCAAAGCCAGCCAAAGCGGAAAAGACCACCGAAGGGCCUCCUCCGUUAUCGACUCUCUUGAACAUGGAUGACUUUGAGGCGGCUGCUUCAAAGCAGCUAACCCACAAGGCUUGGGCAUAUUACUUUUCUGGAGCGGAUGAUCUGAUCUCCAAAUCAUUGAACAACAGUAUCUACAGAUCUAUAUUACUUCGCCCAAGAGUCUUUGUGGAUUGCAAGAACUGCAGUCUGGCCACUAGUAUGUUGGGUUACAAGCUCAAUACUCCUAUCAUUGCUUCACCUACUGCAAUGGCGCGACUUGCGCACCCCUCAGGUGAAGCUGGUAUUGCUGCCGCAUGUGCCAAAUUCGGUGCUAUGCAAAUUAUCUCCAACAAUGCCUCAAUGACCCCAGAAGAGAUCGUCAAAGGGGCUACCCCAGAUCAAGUGUUCGGAUGGCAGUUAUAUGUACAAAUUGAGCGAAAGAAGAGUGAAGCCAUGCUGGCACGCAUAAACAAGAUCAAAGCCAUCAAAUUUAUUUGCCUUACCCUCGAUGCACCCGUACCGGGAAAGAGAGAGCUUGACGAACGCACAAAGGCUAUUGCAUCUACCCCUGCCGUCGCAGACAUAGUCAAAUCGUCGGGAGGACACGAGAUUACUGGUGGCGGUGGUCUAGGACAACAGUUAUUUGCUGGCACAGACCCGUCUUUAACGUGGAAGGAUACCUUACCCUGGCUGUUGAAACAUACCGACCUUCCCAUUGUCCUCAAGGGUAUCCAGACCCAUGAAGACGCUUACAUUGCUUCUCUGCACACCCCUCAGAUAAAAGGUAUCAUUCUCUCGAACCACGGCGGAAGAGCGAUGGACACUGCCCCGCCUUCCAUCCAUACCUUGAUGGAGAUCCGCAAAUACUGUCCUGAAGUUUUUAAUCGAAUCGAGGUUUGGAUUGAUGGUGGGAUUAAGAGAGGCACUGAUGUGGUCAAAGCACUGUGUCUGGGUGCCAAAGGGGUUGGUGUUGGUAGGAAUGCACUCUUCAGUCUUGCAGCUGGUGGCCCCGAAGGUGUUGAACGAAUGCUUGAAAUUCUCUGUGCGGAAACAAUGACAGCAAUGCGGUUGUUAGGGGUUGAUAAGGUGGAAGAUCUCGGUAUGCAGCAUGUAAGUUGGACUAUUCACCAGUCCACCUUUGCCAUCGUAUAGAUAGCUGAUAAUUGCCUAGAUCAAUGCUCGAGCUGUUGAGCAGCAACUAUACGAUGGCGGUGCUGGCCUCGACAUCUUGGGAUCCCAUAUCAAAGCAAAGAUAUAAUCUCGGGUAGCUACAGCAUUCACCUCGGUAACCAGGCUUAUUGAAGAUCUAAGUGACAAU